AUGUUAAAUAGAGACGAUAUAAUCACCUAUGGUUUGUCUAAUAUUAUCGGAAAUAAUGUAAAUAUUCGUUUAAUUGAUUUUCCAUUGAUACAUUCACGAGCAUCAAAUCUUAUUAAAGCUCAAUGCAGAAAUUUUCGUGAUCAAUUAACUAAAAUGAUAUUGACUAAUGCUACACAUUGGCGAGAACGAAAUCAACAAUUUACUUAUAUUUUGGAAAUUAUUUGGAGUGAUAUUAUCGAUGAUGUUAUUCAAUUUAAUGAAAAUUUUUCUGAAAGUAAUGAACUUCCAAUGAUAUUCAUCUGUUUAGAUAAUAAUCUCUUACGAGAACAAGAAAUUCGAUUAAGAAAUCGAUAUUUUGAAAGUUUUCUAUUUCGUUUAUAUAAUACAUCUGUUGAAGAACUCAAUAAUAUGACUAUCUAUGAUUUUUAUGGUUAUCAAUCCAGUGAAAUUAUACAAAAUAAUUCUGUAAAAUUCGAAUGGAAUUUUGGUACAUUCAUUGAACGAUUGAUAAAUUCUCAAAAUUCAUCAUUACCUUUCUAUCCUCUACUUCUACAUGUUAACAGUAUUAGUAGUGGUCUAGUAUUCAAUUAUUAUUAUUCUUAUCUCAAUUGUCAAGUUGGUUCUACAAAUAGUCUCUUUCUUGAUUUCACUUUUAAUGCUAUCAUUCCAAAAGAAAAUCUUCCACAAACAAUUCUUAUUGUCUUACAUACAUUGAUCGAAAGUGUCUUUCUCAACAAGAGUCCAUCCAGUAUGCCGGCCAAUCAUCUUGUUCCAAUGCAGUCAAAUCCUUUUCAAUUGAGUUUAGAUCCGGACAGUUAUAAGAUUAUUGAUAAUUCACGAACACAUGUAACAUUUUGCGUUCGUGGUAUAAGUGAUUUUGGUCAUACAGUAGAAAAAGUUUAUAUUUGGCAAGAAAAUUUAAAUCUCGAUACGCUCAUGUCAAUUCGACUUAGAGAUGAUGUACGAAAAUGGAAUAUUGAAUAUGAAUCGUGCUCAUCAAAUGAUGAUAAUGACGAAUUCAAUGAAUUACCAUUGGCUACUUUUCAUAUUCGAAUGAGUCCGACUCGAAAAUGUUUCGUGUUUUCUAUGAUUAAUGCACCAACUAUAUCGGAUCGAUGUGGAGGCAAAUAA